CCUUAUUCCACUCAUCCCUUAAACCAGCUCUUGACAUGUGAGCUCGUGAAGGGAAGUACUUGUUUCUGCCCUGCGUGCUAAGCUUGAUAAACUUGAUAUGAUGGAUUGCUACGAUGGCGAAAGACGACGGCAGCAGCCGAUUCGGGCACUACAAUCGAAUUGCGAGGUGAUACCAUGUGAGACAAAUCGUGCAGUUGCAACUACGGGAACAGGUCGACGGAUGGUAUGUUGUGGUCAGCUACCGAAGCACAUGCAAAGAAGAUAAUGGACCUCGCUUUGAGACCCAGAUGCAGGAAGAGAUCGCCUUCCGACCGUUUGUUCUGCCAUCUACACGCUCGCAAGAUAUCAGUCAACGACAGGAAACACUCACAAGUAUCAUAACUACCGUUGUCUCACCGAUUAUCGAGCACGCCCAUCGACGACUAAUAGCGACGAGGAAAAACGCCACGACCAAGAGACGGGCCUAGAAGCACAGAGUCCGAACAUGGACUCGCAAAACAACCCGGGGAAACCGCUCAAGGCAGGAAGCGUCAACCAAGAUGGCGAAGAUGAGGGACUCAGUUCAGUGGCCUCUUCAUAUCCCUGCACGCCAAUAGCUAUCGUGGGGAUGGCCAUGCGGCUGCCAGGAGGAGUAGAAACCACUGAUGACUUCUGGGAUAUGCUGAUCAACAAAAGGACUGGCCACUGUGAGAUUCCCGGAAAUCGCUUUUCUAUCGACGCAUUCUACAGCCCGACACGACCCCAUUCCGUCAGAACCAAGCAUGGGUACUUUCUUCGACGCGAUCCAACUGAGUUUGAUGCUUCCUUUUUCUCCAUUCCACCGUAUGAGGCCGCUCGAAUGGAUCCUCAGCAGCGAAACUUGCUGAUGGUUGUAUGGGACUGCUUGGAGAAUGCAGGAGAGACACGCUGGAAAGGCCAAAAUAUUGGCUGCUAUGUUGGAGUCUUUGGUGGGGAUUGGUCUGGCUUGAUAGACAAAGAUUACCUGGCAUCCGAUCGAUAUUAUGUUCUUGGAACAGGAGAUUUUGCUCUAUCCAAUCGAGUCUCCUACGAGUACGACUUUCGUGGACCAAGCAUGACAAUAGAAACAGGUUGCUCAGCAUCAAUGGUAGCACUGCACGAAGCAUGUCAAGCACUACAAUCGGGACAGUGCUCAUCGGCCAUUGUCGCUGGGACGAAUUUGAUCUUUUCACCAACUUUGAUGACAUCAAUGUCAGAUAAUUUGGUCAUUUCAGCAAAUGGGAUGUGCCACACCUUUGACAAUGUGGCUAGUGGGUAUGGAAGGGGUGAAGCUGUUAAUGCUAUUUACAUCAAACCUUUGAACGAUGCUCUAAGAAAUCAUGAUCCUAUCCGAGCUGUGAUUCGAGCAACCGCCACGAAUAGCGAUGGCAGAACACCGAACAUUACGACUCCUGGUGUACAAUCUCAGAAGACACUGAUAGAGACAACCUACAGAAGAGCAGGUAUAGAUGACCUGUCAGAGACUGGAUACUUCGAAUGUCAUGGAACCGGGACUGAAGUAGGCGAUGCAGCUGAGGUCUCGGUUAUUGCCAAGCUUUUCAGGGAAAAGGGGAUCAUAAUAGGCUCAGUCAAACCUAACGUGGGCCACUCCGAGGGGGCUUCUGGCAUUACAAGUAUUAUUAAAAGUGCUCUUUGCUUGGAGCAGAAGGUAAUUCCUCCGACUAUAUAUCAGUCUCUGAAUCCCGACAUUCCCUUCGAGGAAGGCAAGCUCCGUCUACCUUCAGAACCAGUACCCUGGCCUCGAGAUAGGAAAGAAAGAAUUAGUGUCAACUGUUUCGGGAUUGGGGGUUCCAAUGUGCACGCAAUUCUUGAGUCUCACUCAUCCAUUGCUGCAGCUGAUGUGGACGAGGUCGAACGGUGUGGUGACGAAGUCAAGCUUCUGGUGCUAUCCGCAAGCUCUGAGGACAGCUUGCAAGCCCGUAUACACUCCAUCACAGAUUUUGCAAAUACGUCUCCUGGAGUGCUUGCGGACCUUGCUUAUACCCUUGGCAAACGACGUGAACACCUGGAGUACCGUGCUUUUGCUGUAGUACGGCAGAAUAACCCGAUUGAAGAGGCUGCGUUUCAGAGUUAUAGAGUGAAGGAACACCCGAGAACACUUGUGUUUUCCGGUCAGGGAUCUCAAUGGCCAGGGAUGGGCAGGGCUUUAAUGAAAGUGUCUGUGGAGUUUCGAAGCGCCAUUAAUGAGAUGGAUAGCGUCCUGCAAAGCUUGCCUGAUAGACCAAAAUGGUCUUUGACAGGGGAGUUCACGAAGGACAUUGACGCCCGCAUCCAUGAAGCACACAUCACUCAACCAGUUUGCACUGCCUUUCAGAUCGCUUUGUUUCAUGUGCUAGCGGCUUUUGGUCUGGAAGCACAGUACUUGGUAGGACAUUCCAGCGGUGAAAUAGCCGCAGCGUAUGCGGCGGGUGCGAUUACAAUGCGAUGUGCCAUUUUACUGGCAUACUAUCGUGGGGUAGCUAUUCAGACUGAGCAGGGACGAGGGUCAAUGUAUGCCGUCAGUCUGAGCUGUCAAGAGGUCGACCCCUAUUUGAGAGAAGGUGUUGUUGUUGCUUGCAUCAACAGUCCAAAGAGUGUGACGCUUUCUGGGGACAAUGAACAACUGGACAGUACCAUCCAUGAUAUCAAGCAGCAUAACUCUGAUGCAAUUUGUAAAGUGCUCAAGGUCAACGUGGCCUAUCAUUCUCAUCACAUGACACGCUGCGGCCGCGUAUAUGAGUCUCUAAUAGCAUCGCAUAUGGAGCACCCCACGGGGCGUAUGCUGCCUUUUGCAUCAAGCGUCGCCUGCUCCAUUUUGGAAAAUCCCACCGAGCUCGGAGCUUCAUAUUGGCGUCAAAAUCUCGAAUCGCCCGUGCUAUUCGAAAGAGCGGUUGAGCUGGUCUUGAAGCGUGACACAAAAUCACACGUUUUUAUAGAGCUUGGCCCUCACUCUGUGUUGUCAGCCCCAUUAAAUCAAAUAUGCAGAGGUCAAUCCUCGGUCCAGAAGCACGUAUAUGUUCCAACAAUCUUACGAGGCGACAAUGAUCCCGAAGCUCAACUUUUAAGGGUUAUGGGCCUUCUUCACAGCAACGGUAUCUCAGUAAAACUCAACCUGGAAGAACCCGAAAGAGGAAGCAAAGUGCUGACUGGCUUGCCAAUAUAUCCCUGGGUGCGGGGCAAGCCUUUAUGGAGUGAAAGUAGAGCGGUGCAUGAAUGGAGGUUGGGUGCGGCUCCAUACCAUGAGCUUCUCGGUUAUCGUGUCACAGAAACACCUGAACUUGAGCCGACAUGGAGAAACAUGCUAUCACUUUAUGCUGUGCCUUGGAUAUGUGAUCAUGUUCUUGAAGGAAGUGUGGUAUUUCCUGCGGCAGGGUAUAUCGCCAUGGCAGGCGAAGCCGUACGGCAACUUUUCCCGACCACAGAAGGAUUCAUCAUGAAGAACCUCAUGCUCAAGUCGCCAUGGAUUAUGGAAGAGAGCAAAUCCUUCGAGGUCAUCACCAGCUUCAAGCCUAUCAAGUAUAAUGAUAUGGAAGACUCAGAGUGGUACUCCAUGUCCGUUGUGGUCCACGACGGCAGUUCGUGGACUAAACAUUGUCAAGGCCAAGUUAGGCCAGAAUCCUGUAAGCGUCAACGCGACGAGACAUCACAGAGCCACCUUCGUUCCAUCAACCCGGAGACCUGGUACGAAGCUUUGAAUAGGAAAGGACUUGCUUACGGUCCCCGGUUCCGAGGACUAGAAGAAAUAUCUGCAAGUCCAACUGCACCUGUUGCGACCGCCUCAAUACUCGACGAUGCAUUGAGGCAUAGUAGCAGAUACUUCGUGCAUCCAAUUGCGAUAGAUCAAUGCUUACAAUUGUUGAGCGUCGCCCAGUCAAAUGGUCUCCUGCGUUUUUUGACCGGGCUAGCAAUUCCAGCCUCUAUAGAGGAAAUAUACAUCACCUAUGGGGGAAAGGAGAUGAAGGUGCAUGCUGCAAUCUCCUCUGAUGGCCAGGAGAAGCGAUAUGGAAAUGUAACCUUAUCAACGGGCCACUGUGUAAGACUGUCGCUGCGCAAUGUCUUUUUCUGUUCCAUCGACGAUGAGGUUCCCUUUGGCGACUCUGUUGUUCCGUUGUUCGCGCAUAUGGUCUGGACGAAGGACAUUGAUUUCGUGCCUUCAAAUAUGCUUCUCACUCCCCGAGCUCCAAUUUACUCCGACCCCAAAGCAAAUACAGUGAUGCAAGCGCUGAACAAGAUUGCCAUUCUUCAGAUUCUCAACUCCGCAGACAUUAUCAUUUCGAUUGAGCCCCGGUCUGACUACAUGAAGAAAUGGAAAGCAUACAUCAUGAACCAGGCUCGCAUUAUUGGAGAGGGUAAAGAGAGUUUCUUCCCAGAGUCACGAAACUGGGUGUCAAUUGGGGCUGACGAGAGAAAAGGCCUCAUUUGUAAGACUCUCAAAGAUAUCCAACCCAUACCGCAAGAAUUUACUGUGGUUCCCACCAUGCUUGAAAAGGUCUAUGAGAAUUGCGCGCAAUUUCUGCUCGGUACAGCUUCCCCUUUAGAGGUCUUUCUUGAGGACAACAUACUUGAAAAAUGGUAUGCUAUCACCCGCCCACAGCAGAUAAAAGACCUUCUGUACUUGCUGGGCACUACGAAUCCAGGAAUUUGUAUUCUCGAAAUUGGUGCAGGGACUGGAUGUGCUACAUCUGAAGCACUUAAAUCCCUUCAGACACAAGAUGGUGUUAGACUAUACUCGUCCUACACGUCCACUGAUAUAACACCCGGCUUUUUCGUCUCUGCUGCAGAAAAGUUCAAGGACUUCAAUGGCCUGGUUUUCAGGACCCUUGAUAUCAACGUACCACCUGCUGAGCAGGGAUUUGAGCUACACAGCUUUGACUUGGUCAUUGCAUCUAAUGCUGUGCAUGUAACCCCUAGUCUGCAAUGUUCCUUGAAACAUGUUCACGAUCUUCUGCGUCCUGAUGGUCGUCUAGUGCUACAUGAGCUCAACCCCGAUCAUUCGAUUACAGACUUUUUGAUGGGCGUUCUGCCAGGCUGGUGGCUUGGAGAAGAGACAGACAGGCGAAACCGACCUUUUAUGCCGCCGGAGAGGUGGGAUGAAGAGCUCAAGCAAGCGGGAUUUACUGGAAGUGAAACCGCCGUCUACGACAACGAUCGCCCACUUCAGACGAAUUUCACUAUGUUAUCCAGACCAAUUGAAUGCACAGUGACACGGCGAGGGUCUGUGCACAUAGUAUACACUGGGACUCGAAGCAUCUGGAUGCAGGGAUUGAGUACAUCUCUUGUGCAGUGUGGCUAUUGUGUGACAUCUGGGAUGAUGGGAGAAGAACAUUCCAAAGGCGCUUUUAUUGUUUCUCUCCUAGACUUUGAUGAGCCAUUUUUCUAUCACAUAACACAGGAGACUUUCGAGUCAUUACAACGAUUCCUUCGAAGCGUCGGCGGCGGUGCAAUACUCUGGCUUACGCAUCCAUCACACCUGAGCUGUCCGGAUCCUCGUUUUGGUCUCAUACACGGGUUCACGCGCACAUUACGACAGGAACUUGAUGUACGAUUUACAGUAUUCGAGAUUGAUCGUUUUGAAACCGGGGUAUACUCCACCAUUCGUCGUUUGAUUGAAAAGAUAGAACAGGCACAGCAGUUCUCCCGUACGGACAUCGAUGAGGAAUAUGUUCUUCAUGAGGGUACUGUAUAUGUUGGUCGGUGUCAUUGGCCGCUAGGUGACAGAUCGACAUCCCGAGCAGAGCAAAGCGAGGCCAUGUGCAAAAAGCUUGAUAUCCCUGCGUACGGGCUCUUGGAAACCCUGCGUUGGUGCGAGACGGUACAGCCACCGGUGGAGAAAGAAGAACUAGAGAUUGAUGUCCGCUAUGUGGGGUUGAACUUCAGAGAUCUUAUGGUUGCCAUGGGUCUAGUCGGUGACCGGAGUAGUCUAGGGUUCGAAGCGACUGGUGUUGUCUGCAGGACAGGGUCACAAGUUCUCGAGUUUCAACCCGGUGACAGAGUCGUCUUCACCCAGAAUGGUCUUUUUACGACGAAGACUGUGGCCAACCAACGUUAUUGCCUCAAGCUCCCGGAUGGGCUUGGACUGGAAGAAGCAUCCACUAUGCUUUCGGUUUACGCCACUGUACUAUACUCCCUCCUUCGUGUCGGGACCCUACAAGCACACCAGACUGUGUUGAUCCACUCGGCAUGUGGAGGCGUCGGACAAGCUGCAAUCCAUGUCUGUAGAGCUGUUGGGGCAAAGGUCUAUGCUACCGUCGGAAACGAUGAAAAGGUUCAGUAUUUGAUCGAUCAUUUCGGAUUCAGCAGGACAGAUAUUUUCAACUCACGGGACGAAUCGUUUGUGGGCGAUCUGAUGCGUGAGACAAAUGGACGGGGCGUUGAUAUCGUGCUCAAUUCGCUCGCAGGUAAACUCCUUCAUGCUUCGUGGAGAUGUGUCGCUCCGUUUGGCAAGAUGAUUGAGCUGGGAAAAAGAGACUUCUUGACCAAUGGUAUUCUCGACAUGGCUCCAUUUCACUCGAAUCGUGCGUUUAUCGGCGUGGACAUGGUAGGGCUUGCUCAAGAAGACCUCAGUACUUGGGAUUGGUUAUCAGAACAGUUCAGGGACUGGUAUCGAGAAGGCAAAAUUAAGCCUAUCCACCCCAUAAAGGUCUUUGAGGCUGCGGAAGUCUCGAGUGCAUUCCGGUAUCUACAAAGGGGAACUCAUAUAGGCAAGAUCUUGGUCAGAAUGCCCAAUUCUGCGCAAGAAUUACCGUCCACACCGGCUCCACUAUCCUACCGGUUCUCAUCCUCGUCAUCAUAUUUGUUGGUGGGGGGUCUUGGUGGGCUUGGUCGCGCAGUUUCAAGCUGGAUGGCCGAGCGAGGUGCUAGCGAAAUAGUUUACCUUUCACGUUCGGCCGGCCAGUCAGACAGCGAUCAAUGCUUCAGAGAAGAGCUCAAAUCACAAGGCUGCGAAGCUGUUUUUGUUGUCGGAAGCGCGACAGUGCUUGAGGAUGUACAAGAGGCCAUUGCCAGGUGCACGAAGCCCCUGGCAGGUGUUAUGCUCUUGUCUAUGGUUUUACGAGACCAAAGCUAUCUCAAUAUGAGCUAUGAGGAUUGGACGACAUGUCUGAACCCGAAGGUCCAAGGGGCCUGGAAUUUACAUCAUGCCGUUAUCAACCAUAGUCUCGACUUCUUUCUUGUUUUCAGUUCUAUUUCCGCAAUCAACGGCUUCCCGGGGCAGGCAAAUUACGCUGCUGCUAACUCAUUUCUGGCAGCCUUCACCCAACAUCGUCGCCAGCUCGGCCUGCAAUCGUCCAUUCUCGAUCUCGGCCCGGUGGAGGAUGUGGGAAUCAUCAGCAAAGACCCGAAGCUUCGCUACACCCUGCGCCGACAUGCGGUGCGGAUGCUGACUGAGCGGGAAUUCCUGUACGGGGUUGAGCUUGCUAUCCUGCAACCGCCUAUUCCCCGACAUACCAUGGAUGAUCAGGACCCGAGGAUCACAAAUCCGUCCAUCGUUGGCCUCGGGACCACCAGGCCCCUUGACGACCCGAAGGUCCGGCCGAGCUGGCGCCGCGAAGACUGUCGUUUUGCGCUCUACCCGAAUAUGGAUCUGAAAGGAUCGCGACAUGAGCUUGACGAGGCCCAGAAAUUGAUUACUGCGGAACUUCUCACUCUUGUUGAUACAUACUGGGUUGAGGCAAAGAACAUGGGUGAGUCGGAGCGAUCGGGGAUUGUGAUCGAUUCGCUCGUCGCAAUGGAAAUGAGAAGCUGGAUGCGGAGCAACAUGGGCCUCGACAUCAGCUUGUCGCAUAUCACCAAGACUAACACUAUCGGAGGGCUGAUUGAUCUGACGAUCAAACAAUUGCAGCUGAAGUAUCGGGUGCAAGGCCCGAGCCGCGGAUCGAACGCGGGACCUCUCGCAGAUAUGCUUGGGUUUGGAAUCCCUAAGCGAGAAUCAUACCACUAG